CUUCUUCGGGGCGGAGGCCGGGACGGAGGAGGACACCAGCGGGGCCUCUUCUUCGUGAGCCUGGCCCAGUCUCCCUGCUCCCUCUGCCCAGGCCUCUUCCUCUUCCUCUGCUCUCCUUCUCGGCCAUGAUGUACGGGCUCCAGCAACAGGUGCAGCCUCCCUCGCUGCCUCCCUCGCAGGGCUGCCUGAGGCCCCAGCCGCCCUGCUACUCUCCCCCUCAGGCGCCCGCUUACCUUCCUCCUCCUCCGCCGCCUCCCUCCUCCUUCCAGCCCUGCGGACCCCCCACUGCCCCCCGGCCUCUGCCCCCGCAGCCGCCCGUCGUCUCGGCCAGCAGGCCCUACUACGAGACCCCGCAGCAGCAUUCCUGCCCCGGACCGGCCCCAGCCCCGGCCUCUCUGCCCCGGAGCCACCAGCGCCGCCCGGAGCCCCUGCCGCCGCUGCCCUGCGCCCCGACGGAGCCCUUCCCGCUCCAGGGCCAGGAGCCCUCCGGGGGCAGCGUGGUCUACGAGAGGGUCCGCACCUACAGCUCCCCCGGAGCAGGCAAGAACUGGCUCCCCGUGGCCCCCAAUGGCUCCCUGCCCAGGGCCCCCUCGCCCUUCGAGGCCACCCCCGGACACCAGGGACUCCUCUGGAGCACCGAGCCCCCCACCCCCAGACAGGAAGUUGCAUCUCCAUCCUUGAAAUUGGCACCUUAUUCCCAGGGCACUGUCCGGAGGAUUAUAUUGGAGAAUCCUGAACAGGAGCCACUCUCUCCGCUUCUGAGGGGAGGAAAUAAUGUGAUAUACGAAAAGACAAUAAGAAAAUAUGAGCUGCUAAAUCCUGAUCAGGAGAAGCAAUACCAAUAUGCUCUCCAGCACACACAGUCUGACCAGUCCCAAAUCAGUCAACCGGUGGAACACGUCCAAGUGGUCCAGCAUUGCCAGCAGCCCCAGACAAGCAAUUGCUAUGACAUCGGUCCAGUCAGUGUCAAUGAUGUUGGAAGAGGAACUGUAAAGAAAGUCACCAUCCAGCCUUGUGAACCAGUGACAUGUGUUCAGGAGCAAAACGACCAGCUGGAUUCCCGGUACUUUGGCGAGCUUCUUGCAGAGCUGCACCACAAGAGCAAUGAACUGCACAACUUUUUACUCCAGCAUGUUGAAAAACUAGGAGGAAGGACAUAUGAAAUUGACUUGCUCAGUCAAGCAGAAGAUAUUGAGAGUUUGAUCCCCAAAGGGGUUUCAGAAUCAACCAAGCAGCAGAUCCGUUACCUGCUGGAGAUGAGAGUAACAGCUGAUAAGUCGAUGAGGCUUGUGCUUGCUACAUUCAACAACCUUCGAGAGGAACUGGUCCAUCUUCAGGAUGACUUAGGGAGACUAGAAAUGGACAAGUCAUUGCUUGAGAAAGAUCUGGCUUUUAAAGAAUCUCAAGUAAAAGAAUAUGAAACACUUUUGGCAUCUGUGCGAGAGAAUAAUCGCCAACAACAGCAAGCCCUUAGAGAAUAUACUUUGAAAUGCCGUUCCCUAGAAGAGCAGCUUCUGUCUAUCCGGCACAAUGACGGAGAGCGGGAGUUCCGGCUGAAGGACCUUGAGUACAACAAACGGACUUUGGAGCAAGAAAUCCAGAAUCUGAAACUCCAGGCUUCUUCUAAUCCUUUGGGUCAGACCACCACCGAUGAACUCUCCAGCCGCUAUGUGGAGAUGAUCAACCAACUCAGAGAGGAUAAAGACAGAGAGAUACGCAAUCUGAGGUCCCAGUUAAGCGAUUUCCAGAGGGAUUUCUCAAGGAAGCAAGGGACUGACCUCGAUCUUCAGAUGAGACUGCAAGAAUUGACUUUAAGGCUGGAAGAGAGAGAGGCUUGCAUUAAGCAGCAAGAAGAGGAACUCUUCAGAUUGAGGCAAGACAAACUAGCAGUCAGUCCAUCCCAAGGAGUAACAAAGACAAUCAUCACUAAAAAGUACAGGAAUCAAUAUCCCAUCCUUGGCCUCUUGUCUGAUGACUACAAAGUUACGUCACCCGUCAAGGAAUCUCAAACGAUUGUUAUUGAAAAAACUGGGGAAAUGUGGAAGCAGGAAUCCUUUACUUCCGAUUAAAGAACUGCUUGCUUCUUUCAGGAAUGAACAAGUCCCCUGGACAAGUCACAGCUGACCAAGAGGAAUCCGCGUACAAAUGGACAUUACAUUAUUUUUCUAAUUGUGACCCUCACAUUAGUUCUUCAGGCCUGAAACAUAAGAACAGCCAAGCUUGGGAAAAAGAAUUAUAGACACACUUCAGUAGGCUUGCUCAACCUGUGAGAGGUUGCUAGGGUUUCCACAGGAGUUUGGGGAAAACUUUAUUUUAGCUGUAAAUACAAUGUUUAUGCAGAUGUUCCUUGAUAUUUGAAAAUUAUUUCAAGGAUUCCUCCAGGGUAAACAGGUUGAGAAAGGCUGCAGCACAGGAUGUAAUCGUUUUAGGGGGGGUGGGAUGGUGGAAUGGCUAAGUCCUAACCUCGAUUGUUCAAAUUAAUGAAUUUCAGACAUUCUACCUUCAGUCUUAACCAGGUCAGCGGACAAAUUAUGGUGUAUUUUGAAAAGUAUGUCCUAUAGGGUGCAGAGCACUGAUUGUUUUGUUCACUGCAUUAGUCCAGUGUGUUAUAGGAACAAAGAAGGUGACAUAGAAUUUACCAACUACAUUGCAUUGCUGCUUGCUGUAAGGAAAUUGUAGUGGUAGGAAAGUUGUCCAUUGUUACUGAUCUUCUUAUGAGAGAAAAUCUGGUGCAGUAAACCAUAUUUAUUUGCAGAGCUGGCUUUAUUUUUAGGCAAUGAAACAGCUACCUUGGGUAUGAGAUACAGAGUGGCAGCAAGGGGUAGGAAGGCCUCUUGACUGUAUUCUUGCAUGACAGGGGUUUGGACUAGACCCCUGUGGUCUUUUCCAACUCUAUGAGUCUAGGAUCUGUGCAUUUGUGGCUUCUCAUCUGCCUACUAAACUAGCUUGCCACUGUCUCAUGUGGUGGAGGCUGUCCUGUCACCACGGUUGAUUUAAGACUCAGUUGCCUGUCCACUUGUCAUCAGCACAUGGAAUGAGGUUGCCAUCCUGCCCUUUGCUUCAGAUAGCCAGACAUCUUGGUUUAGCUAUAAAUCUUGUCUGUUUGAUAAACACAUUUACCCCAAAGUCUCCCUAACAAUCCCAUAGGUUGGCAAACUAGACCUCCCACCCAUCCCUCUGCAGUUCUGGAAACUAACAUUUUAGCCAAAGUACACAGUUUCCCUCUUUUAACUAUAGGAAAGGUAUUUUUUUCAUGGUAGAGGUUGUGCUUGGUCAGAGUAUAAAUAGGUACUGCACCUGAUCAUUUUAAAGGCAUUUUUGGAAGCGAGGUGGAAAUUGUGUGACCACCCACACAGUCUUUAAUAUCUUUUCCACUCUGCGAUUCACAUCGCAAUGAGUGAGGCCAUUAAAGUUCCUGCCACAUUCCCUCCAACAUUCCUCCAACUCACUUAACUUGGAAAAUAGAAAAUAGCUGGGGGGAAAUCCUGGGAAGAGGGAUCUCUGGCAUAUGUCAACUACACAAUUAAACAUCACAAUUUUCACCCAAUGAGACUAUGGUCUGGACUGUGGUCACUGUAAACAAAAUGUCAUGUUCGGUGAAGAGACAGAGGUGCUGUAAAGUUAACUAUGCAGCCUUGCCAUAAGGUCAUUAAGCAGAAAAUGCGGAGCUGAAACAUCACUUUUACAAACUAUGAUAGAUGAACAAACAGAGAUGGGGAGAGGUGACUGGUAGAUUAACAAAAGUGUGCAUUGGGUCUGUUCAUUGGUGGUGGCUGUAAUAUUCUAAGUUAGCUUAUCUCUGGACGAAAUAUCUUGAACUAUUACUGAAUUUUUAUUAGUGGUGAUUGUUAGAGGGUGUUCUACUAUGCUUUGAUGUUAUCCUUUCUUGUAUCAUACCGUAUUUUCCGGCGUAUAAGACAACUGACGACCCCCAACUUUUCUGCUUAAAAUAUUGAAUUUGGAGUAUACUCGCUGUAUAAGACUACCCCUCUUCCAACACACACCAAAUAAAUUUUUUUAAAAAAAUCAGAUUUGAUUUCAAUAUGGUAAUUUUAAUUCAGAUGCUUAUGACAUGCAGGUACUUAGAAGGAAAACUUGUUGUAUACAAAGCCUGCUUGGAUUGAUCAGCUCUCCCUGUCUGCCCAGCCCUCCGUCUCCAAGACUAUCAGAGCGGUAGUGCAAACACUGAUCUUUUUUCCAUACCCCUGGCAUCCUGAACGCCUGCAGCUUGUUCCACCCUUCACUUACACCUUCCCGGUGAGGUGCCCCCUCACCUUGUCAUCAGAACCGCGUUGUCACUUCUUUCCACAAAUCCUGAUGAGUGGAUUUUCUUCUGCCGUACUUGUACAGCGCUGCCCUUGCUGCUUUCAUAUGGGUGACCGCAGAUUCUCCAGUCCGGCUCAGAAGUUUCAGCAUCUGCCCUAAAAGACGACACCCAGCAUAUAAGACUCCCGACUUCUGAGAAGAUUUUCCUAGGGUAAAAAGUAGUCUUAUAUGCCAGAAAAUACAGUACUUUAUUAUUAUUUUUAAGUGAUAAAUAGAUUUAACAAUUAACCAAACCAAACAAAACAAAACAAAAAACUGGAAUUCUGAUGGUCCUUUUUGCACACUGUACUUCAUAUCUUCAAUGUGAAUCACUUGAUUCUCCAUUAGCGUUGAUGACGCAAGUGUAUAAAUUGGACAUUCACCGCUCUGUUCACCUGCUGUUUGAUUUGAUGUGCUCUAUUGUUGACUUUGAGUUGUUUCUGUCUGGAAGGUGCAGUGUGGCUGGUGUAUCUUGCUUGGAGUGGGGGUGCUUCUCCCACUUCUGUGGAGUGCCAAGGCAAAAAAGAAGAUUCAUCCUUUCGAUAGUGUAGUUUUUUCCCUGUCAAUAUUCAUGGUGGGCGCAGUUAUUACAGGAAAUUUAAUUUCCUCCUUUUUUUUCUUCUGCUUUGUUGGUAACGCUGAUGUAAGCUUUGGCAAAAAAGAAUUCUCCAUUUGCUCUUUGUCUGUUGACUUUGGCACUUCUGGGGCCUCGUCUUGCUCUUCAAUCGGUGUGCUGUUCUCUGAAGGCUGCUCCUGCCUCAUGGCGUCCCAGGGACCCCUGCAGUCAAGGCCCUCCCUGGGGCCGUCUUGUAUCAUAAUAAUAAUAAUAAUAAUUUUUAUUUAUAUAUAUCCCGCCUCUCCCUGCAGAUCGAGGCGGAAGAACAACACAAAUAUAAAAUUACAAGUAGUUAAAAUACAUUCUCAUUAUGCAAAACACAAAAAACAAACAAAAAACCCUUAAAAACAGUAAAAAACCUGUACAUGUGCAAUAUCAUAUCCAAUUCCUCAUCGAUGUUCCAAGUAGAGUAUCAUCUUACGCUGUUAUAGCAGGUCUGGGGGAUAGGCUCGCCGGAAGAGAUCCGUCUUAAUUGCCUUCUUAAAGGCAUCUAAGGUGGUAUAAGACGGAUCCUCCUCCGGCAAUCCAUACUUUAGAAUGUUCUUUUCUAAUUCAGGCCUCCAGAGUGAAAACAUUCUAAGUUGUACCCAAUAAAGCUGUUUUGUGAACCAACAAAAAAA